AUGGAGGUGACUGAAUUUAUCUUCAAGGAGCGAGAGGAGGUCCUCCUUGUGGGGGAUUACAAUGCCUACCGCGCGCACACCACCAGGAGACUGCAGAAACUCCGCAAGAAGCUUGGACAGGCCACUGUCAAAGGUCGCAAGUAUACUGCCAAACCAGCCGUGACUGCUGAGAAUGUUGGAAGCAAUGUUUCAUAUGUACACCUUCUCCUUCUCGGAUCCGAACGAGCCUGGGCGCAAGCAAUGCAUAUGAAGUCAACACAUUCAGCAGACCCCUCUGCUAAGGCUAUCUCUGGCGCUGCCAGACGCCACAUCAUAUCCCGAUUGACCAAGGCCACCGGAUAUGCGAAGCAACUCGUUUCGCUGCUCCACGAGCAAUCAUCUACUGGGGCUAGCGACACCGACAUCUUGGAAACUCGUGCCUAUGCAGCAAUGAUCUCUGGCACUCUCUGGCUCGAAAAGCGCAGAUGGGAGCAAUGUCUGCAUGACUAUUCUAUCGCAAGAGUGAUCUACACGGCAUUGGGUCAAAGUGUCAAGAAAGACGCUUAUCGGGACCUGCUCUCUGGGACUGUUGACCCAAGCAUUCGAUACGCCGCAUACCAGAUGAAGCUCCCUCGAUCCAAACCUACCUCGUCGCUAGCCAUUGAGUACUUCCCGUCCGACACUGACAUUCGGGCCGAGGUCGAGAAAUUCGAUCCUUCCUGUCUUGCAGAAGAAGCUGCUGGCACACGACGAACCGCCGAGGGAGAGGUGCAGGAACUACCCCAGUCUGUGACAUGGAGAUCACGCACUGUUCCACUCGAUGAUGCUUCUAUUUCCCAGGCUUUGGCUGCCGCUUCGGCUGCAGAGGCUCGUCUCACGACUUGGCUAUCCGGCGCUGGAGCAUCCGCUACAUCCAGGGAGAAAGCUGCUGCAUAUGACAGCGUCAUCAUUGCCAGUCAGGAUGCUGUUGAUGCUACGAAAACCGCCAUUGAUGACCUAGCUAGCGAGGGUGUUGAUCCCAGCGACAAGAGAAUGCAGGGACUCCAGAUCACUCGAACUGCAGUGAACUACACUCUGGUUGGCUGGCGCGUGGGUCGUAACCGUGUGCUGUGUGGAGAGCAUGACGGUCUGUCAUUUGAGGAAAUGCAAGUCCCGGCGAACGACAAGAACGCAGCCAGACACACCGCAGGAACCGGAAAGAAGCUCAACAGGCUCCGUGAGCGCGUCGUUCUGUAUGAUUCGACCCUUCAGAGUUUGGACUUCAUCCUCGAACUUCCCGGUGUUGCUGCCGAUUCUGCAUUCGUAGCAGACCUGGAAGCCAAGCGUCACUAUUUCCGAGCCCUCAGAUGCCUUUCGCUGGGUAGGUCUCAUAGUGUUCUUUCAAAGUCCAGGGAAGCCCUUGCACUCUUCGCCCAGGCAUUGAACCUUUCUGGCUCUGCCACGUCUCAAUCCUCAGAAAGCACCCACGGCCCUCCCAAGCUAGACGUUUCUCGUGCGCAGUCUAGUACCCUGGAAUCGAGAUUGCGGGAAAUUGUUGCUCAGUACCGAGGCCUCGUCACUCUUGAGCAGGCCACCGCGGAAGAAGCAUCUCAAUCAAGCCAACGUCCAGCGGUGGAGCGCCUGCAGCAGUUCGCCGGAUCUGGUCAGGAUCUGAACAACCUGGUGCCAUUCCCACCUCAGAUGCAGGCCAUCCCCGUCAAGCCCUUAUUCCUGGACGUGGCGUGGAACUAUAUCGAUUAUCCCCGCGAUGGACAGCCCCACGCACCUGCCCAGGCCCCCACCCCCGCUGCUGCUCCUGAAGAAGAAUCCAAGGGCCGCCGUGGAUGGUUCGGAUUUGGCGGUCGUUAG